UUUCGCGAAAGUAAGCCACCCUCCUUCAGAUCAUCACCCUCCCUUCCUCCCACAAACGCAUACACAUACAAAACCUCUUCCUAGCGCGAUAAUGGAUGAGAGAGAGAAAGAGCACGAGCUUUCAAGGUGGUGGUGGGUGUGAUGGUGUGCGCUGUGUUGUGUUGUGCAAAUUGCGAUUGCGGGCUGCGUUGGUGUCGGUGCGAUUACGUUGUGUACAUCGUCCACCAACAAGCAGCAACGACGAACAAACGAACAGCAGUCAGUCAGUAACCAGCAAAGCGCAGAUUGGGUCGUCGUCGUCGUUGUUUGAGUUCGGUUCGGUACUAGUGGUGUAGUAUUUCAGCAAACGCAACAGAAGGAAGAGAACCCCAGUUGGACAUUUGCAGGGAAAAGUGCAAAUUUUGUCCCGUUUAGCAGCGUUUUUCGCGUCCCAAACCGCGAUGGAGGUGGAAGGCAACGUCAUCAAGGACGAUUCCUCCCGAGGUAGAAUCAGAGGUAUUGCUGGUCAACACCAUCAUAAAAUGGGCACCAAAAGCCAUGGAGCGCCGCCUGUCAACACUGGCAAUACCGUCACGGUCAAAGUGGGACUCAACAUGAACAUCUGUAGGUUGUGCCUGACGGAGGGUACGGUCAACUCGCGACUGCAACCGGUUUACUACUCUAAGGAUACCCCGGACGAGCCACUGUUGCAGAAGAUUCUGGAUCUCACUACGAUACAGGUUCAAUACGCCACGGAUUUCCCCUCGUCGAUUUGCAUCAACUGCAAGGCCAAAUUAGAAGAGUACAGUCACUUUCGUCGACAGUGUAUCGAAAAUGAUGAGCUCCUUCGGAUGAAGUACUACGAAAUCAAAGCCGCAGAAGAUUACCAUCUUCAGCAGCAACAACAGCAGCAGCAUCAGCUGCAGCAACAGCAACAACAGCUUCACCGGAGCCAAGCAAUCGAACAGGAAAUUGUAGAGGAAGUCAAAGCAGAGGAAUACAUUGACGACGCAGAUGAUAUCACGCUGGCCAUUGAUGAAUCUGCUGACGCGGAUGAAGAGUUCCAGGACGAAAGCGAUGAACAACACCAGCAACAGCAGCAGGGGCAAGUGGUUGAACAGCAAACGAUCCAAUACGUGGCGGCGGAUGGCACUAUGACCGAGUAUGUCGAGUCGGGCGAUGUAAGGACAGUAUCCAGCUCCUCGCAGCAGCAACAAAUUCACAUCAGCGGAUACAGUGAAGGAGAAACUAUUCAAGCGGGUGAGGCACACGAAAUCUACUACACCGAUGGAAAUGAUACGUAUGCAAUCCAAACGACGGCCGAGGGCUACGUAAAUGCGGCCAACUAUGUCCCCCAGGGUUACGAUAAUCAAACGGAAAUCGAAUGUACGACUAUUGAACACCUCCCGGAAGAGGAAGUCUACAUGGAUGAGGGAGGCGAAGGCGCAGUUGGAAGCGCCAUUACUCCCCGGGGAGCUCAUGACCGACCGUUCGUGUGUAAACAUUGCAAAACCAGCUUCAAAUACGAGUACAAUUAUGAGAGACACAUGAAGAACCACGCAAAAGUUCUGUACAGGUGUGGUAAAUGUUCAAAAACUUUCACCAAGCAGAGAAAGUGUCAGCAGCACUUCCUGAAAGCACAUUCCUCCCAGCGGUACGAGUGCGACAUAUGCUUCAGGACGUACAGUCUGCCGACCCGCUUGGAAAAUCACGUCAUCGAAAUGCACUCCGAGAAUGGCAUCUACAAAUGCGAUCGAUGUACGGAUACCUUCACCUCCUAUCUAGAUUUCAAAUCCCACCGUAACAGCCAUCACAGUAUUAACGGGUCAUCGAAUGCCGCCGCGACUGUGAUUGCCCAGACUGUGGAACAACGACCGCAAACCCUUCAGCAGGUUCAAUCUCCUCAACCGCACAUAGCGGCACCUCAUACGACCACAUCCGUCAGUACACGCUCCUCUGUGUCGGAUAAUUGCGAUUUCGAAGUGAUGAUCGAUGAAACCAAGAUCCCCAAACCGGCCACCGGCGCUGAAUCCGGUGACGAAAAACGACCAACCCAGCAGGAGCAGGAUAUCAUUCUGAUCGAUGACGAAGCGUCGUCCGCCAACAACAACAAUAAACCAGCAACGGCGACGGCGACAGUGGUUGUCAGCACAGCAAGCAACAGCGUCAUCAGUGGUGGAAAGAUUGUGACCUCAGCGCAAGCUGGUCCCAUUGUUAGCAGUGCGAUUGCCGUUGCUCCGCAGCCUAUUGUCAGUAGUGUUCCGCCACCGCAAGCACCGCCGCCAACGACGAUAGCCACCACAACGACAACGGUCAUAACGAAUGGGAUCGACAAGAAUAGCAUGCACCGGCAGUUGCUGCAGCAGAUCGAGGAGAGCGAAGCCAACUCGACUGGACCGAAAAUCUACAAGUGCGAUAAUUGUACGAAAAACUUCGUACACCUGAACAAUCUGAAGGCGCACAUCUACGCGGAACAUGACAACGAUAAACCGUUCAAGUGCAAAUUGUGCCCCAUUUCGUUCAAGACGAAGGAGAUUCUGGUGAUGCAUAUGGUAUUACAUUCUCAGCACAACACGGCAACUUAAGAUUGUGCAGACUGCGCAUAAGUUGUGCAUCAACAAUCCAAGAUGUUUUUCUUAGAACUAAGGAAUACAAACCGAAAAUGUUAUGUGAAAAAAUCUCAAAAGGAAAAUUUUCUAAUCUUAAAUAGGAAUUUUUCUCCUUCCUAAAACUAAAUAUAUGUAGCAAAUGAACAAAAUUCAAAAUAUUACAAACACACACACACACACACAACAUGUAAUACAAAAAUCCAAUAGUACUAGAAUAUAUUACACACGCAUAGAAUGCUUUCGAACAGAAACAAAACUCACAAGGAAAAAAACAAAACAGGAUAGCGAACUAAAAUUACAAUUCUGUAUAAAAACAAAGGUGAAAAUAACUAUUAGUAGUUAGUAAGAAAGUACUAGAAAAUGUGACGAUGAUUUCCUUGUUUCAGUUUUUUUUAUAGAUACUUUAAUAUAUUUUUUAUUUAUGCGAAAUUUCAUGUUUUCUACGUUUAAGUUUGUCCUCGAAUAAAAUCGAAAAAAAAAGAAAUAAAAAAAAAACGGCUCGCUUGCAAUAGUAGUUGCUCAUAGGAUUAUUUUCGUAACGUUAGUAUUGUUCUCAUACAGAUGUAAGUGAUCCCCUUCCUAGAGGGCAGGUUGAAAACUUGCUUCGGAUGGUGCUUUCUCUCCCGGAGAUACCCCCUUCUUUAUCAUACCACACAAACGAAAAAAAAAUCGAUUCAUAAAUCGCAAAUCUCGCUCUCAUAUAAGUAGGUCCUUUUUGAUUUGAUGAAUAGAACUUUCCUAUUGUUUGUGGUAUGAUACGAGUUUGAGUUUAAGAUAGGUAAUGCAUGAAUUGGAAUCGCAACAUUUUCUUGUUCGUAAAACUUUGGAACACGGUUUGGAUUUCCUCCAAGUAUGUAUGUUGCAACAGCGAAGCUAGAUGUGUCUGUGUGUGAAGGAGUUUGGAAUCGGUUCUUCCAAAAAUAAAACUGAAUUACCCAGAUUGGAUGCGGGCGUGAAUUUUCCUUAUUUUGUUUGAAUGCAAAGCAAAUGUGAGCAGGAGCAAACCUUCUUUGUAUUGUGAUUGAUGUGAUCUGGCUAUAGCUUAGAACUGUUAAUUUUGUAUUAUAUGAUUUUUAAACAUUGGUUGCGAUAAUAUUCUUCGUAAAUUAUUUUUACCUAAAACCCUAAGGUCACUAGAAACACUGUUCGGUUGCAAUAGCUGUGAGAGAGUGGAAGUAUAGAAUACGAUUUAUAUGUAAGUGAUGAACGUGUGAAAAUGGAGUUGAUUUUCGAUAUAUUUUAUUGUCACUGUUGAGUGAAGAGAUUGGAGUGUUACAUGCGAGUUUCAUAGCAGUAAGGAGGCGGAUUUUACUUCGCUAAAAAGUAGACAAUUCCGACUACAUUUCGUUACGUUAAUGUUGCCUUUUCUUUUUCGCCCCAUUUGGAUCAUUUCGUUUGUCAUCAUCGUUGAAAACAAAAACCCAUUGUUUAGGUAGAUUUACGCACUGAGAGAGCUAGUGCUUUAGGAAAUUAUUAACCGUCAGAUGCAGAAGGUUAAAUUAUGACACAAAACCAGAAUGAAACUGAUUAAGCUAGGAAAAAUUGAAACUAAAUUAUGAGAAUUCUCGAAGUUCUUGAAUGUCGCCAUGAUAUAUGAAUAUAAAGUGUUCCAAAAAUA